CCAGUGAAUGCAUUCAAGCCCGCCCCUAGGUUUUCUACCUAGUGAGUCAUAUAAAAAAUAGUCCCAAACGUAUUCUCCGGGGCAAGCUUAUUGGGUACAUGGCUGAAAGACGCCACCCUCAGAAACAAUAGCACGACGAAUGCACAACAUCGCCGCACUCCCAUUAAUUAUAUAUUGCAUUUUCAAGAACAACAAACAAACAGAUGAUAUACGGAAAGAAAACAAAAGCAUAAACGAAACAGCAAAAAGUCACAACAGGCUACACGCGACGGUCAUCUUCCUCCAGCUAUGCAGACCGCGGGACAGGAACCUGGCCUCUCAUCGAGAAAAGAUGCCGGAUAACACCACUUCUCAGUCAGAGCCUCCAAAAUGAUGGCCCGUCGCGAUCUGCAGCGUCAACAGCUUUUUUAUUCCCGCUUCGUUGAAUCCCCGCCGGUGCAAAGAACCUUACAACUA